CAUUUUUUUAUUUAAAACUGUCACUGCAUUGUUAUGGCUCGCACAUGUUGAAAAAUUAAAAUUUGUUUCCAUUCUCAAUAAAACACUAAAAUGACUGCUGAUGACGACCAUCAAAGUUCAGAUGAGGAGCAGAUAGAAGAGGCCGCGGAGAACGAAAAAGAAACCGAGAAAACCAACGAAGAUUCAGUGACUUUCAAAGACUUGGGUGUUGUGGACGUAUUAUGCGAAGCGUGUCAAGAGUUAAAAUGGAAGAAUCCGUCAAAAAUACAAAAAGAAGCCAUUCCAGUGGCCCUGCAAGGCAAAGAUAUAAUUGGUUUGGCGGAGACAGGCUCGGGUAAAACAGGAGCCUUUGCGUUGCCAAUACUGCAGGCACUGCUGGAGAACCCACAGAGAUACUUUGCUCUCAUUCUCACACCUACCAGAGAGUUGGCAUUCCAGAUAUCUGAACAGUUUGAGGCGCUUGGAGCCAGCAUCGGUGUAAAAUGUGCAGUAAUAGUCGGAGGCAUGGACAUGGUUGCCCAGGCUCUGCUGCUGUCAAAGAAACCCCACAUCAUCAUCGCCACGCCUGGAAGGCUGGUUGACCAUCUUGAAAACACAAAGGGAUUCAAUCUCAAAGCAUUGAAGUACCUUGUGAUGGAUGAAGCAGAUCGCAUCCUCAACAUGGACUUCGAGGUGGAAGUGGACAAAAUCCUCCGAGUGAUUCCCCGGGAGCGUCGGACGUACCUCUUCUCAGCGACCAUGACAAAGAAAGUGCAGAAGCUGCAACGGGCAUCACUGCAGGAUCCUGUCAAAGUUGAGGUGUCUACCAAGUACCAGACGGUUGACAAGCUUCAACAGUACUAUGUAUUCAUACCUGUUAAAUAUAAGGACGUGUAUCUGGUGCACAUACUGAACGAAAUGGCGGGAAACUCGUUCAUAGUGUUCGUGGCGACGUGCGCGAACGCGUUGCGCUGCGCGUUGCUGCUGCGCAACCUGGGGCUGGCCGCGGUGCCGCUGCACGGACAGAUGUCGCAGAACAAACGACUGGCCGCCUUGAACAAGUUCAAAAAUAAGAGCAGAUCUAUACUCAUCUGUACUGAUGUCGCGUCCAGGGGCCUGGACAUCCCGCACGUGGACGUGGUCAUCAACCUGGACAUCCCGCUGCACAGCAAGGACUACAUCCACAGGGUCGGCCGCACCGCUCGCGCCGGCCGCGCGGGGAAAGCUAUCACGUUUGUGUCGCAGUACGACGUGGAGCUAUAUCAACGCAUAGAGCAGUUGAUCGGAAAACAGCUGCCUCUUUACGCGUGUGAAGAGAGUGAGGUUAUGGUGCUGCAAGAAAGAGUCGCAGAGGCGCAGCGACUGACCAACAUUGAAAUGAAAGAGCUGUCAGACAAGAAAUCCACGAAAGGCAAGAAGCGCGGCGCGGAGUCUGACGACGACACGGAGGAGGCGGCGGGAGUGCGGCGCCGCAUCAAGGGCAAGCCCAACAGGCACGCGGCUAAGCGGAAACGGAAAUAAACUUGUUACUUGAA